UCAGGAGAGGCGGAAAGUGAACUUUUAAUCAAACCAAACAUGAGGAAACAUCCUCUAUCUAAUCGAAAUCCGAAAUCCGCUACGAUUGAGAUAAAAGUUCCAACUUGCAAAAGAACAUUACCGAGAUGUGUUCGAAUGACUGGACCAGACCGAUUAAUACAAAUGGCUGCAAUGCACUUUUCUUCCAAUGUCCUUCUCUGUUCGCCGAGCACGAGAACGAGCACAAACACAAGCACAAGCACGUGAACGAACACAUCAUCGAUAGCGAGCUGGGUUUGCGUCGAUAUUACGCCUAUCAUUUUUAAUCAAUUUAACAGAGAAAAAAGGAGGAAAGAUGUCUCCGAAAGAAACAAUCCUCAUCACCGGCUUCAACGGCUACCUCGCCGGCCGGGUUGCCGAGUUGGCAUUGAAGGCCGGGUACAAUGUACGCGGCACCGUCCGAAAUCUUGACGCCGGCACCGAAGUCCAAAAAGCGCUGCUGAAACUUGGCUACGGGGGCGGGGCCGAAGUCGUACAGAUCCCCGAUAUGACCAUACCCGGCGCCUUUGACCAGGCCGUAAUUGGGUGCUCCGCAAUUAUCCAUCUUGCCUCACCAGUCAAAGACACCUUUAUUCUACCACCACCAGAAGUAGUUCGUAUGAACAUGAGCGGUACCAUGGGGAUAUUGGAGUCGGCUUCGAAAGUUGGCUCACAGCUAAAGACUGUGGUAUUAAUGUCAUCUGCUGCUGCUAUUUUCGACGUACCUACCGAGCCCGGUGUCUAUUCGGAAAAGAACUGGAACACGACUUCGGAGCCGGCUAUCGCGCAACUAGGCUCCGAGGCAGGUGGUCUACACGCCUACUGCGCAAGCAAGACCGUUGGUGAAAGGGCAUUCUGGAAGUUUCACGAUGAGAAGAAGCCCUCGUUUAGUAUGACGACCCUUCAAGCUACCUACUUCAUCGGCCCAUCCCUGACCCCCUGGACCAGCCCCUCGCAACUCCCCUUCUCCCUCGGGAACCUCUUCUCCCUUCUCAGCACCAAACAGAUCCCCGGCCCAAACCUAAUCUACGAGAACACGAUCGACGUGCGCGACGUAGCGCGCGUGAUCCUAUGGACCGUCCUGAACCCCGUAGCCGCCGACGGCCAGCGCUACUUAUGCGCGGCUGCGACAGGCGGCUCGCAGGCCAUGGCCGACAUCCUAAACAAGUAUAUGCCGGAGCUUGGGUUAUCGAAAGGGACCCCUGGGGAGGGGUAUGAGGAGGAUUAUCCUUCGACGAGUGGGAAUGUGGCGUUUGAUGGGAAGAAGGCGGUUGAGGCUACGGGGCAGGAGUGGAUUCCGUAUGAGACGAGUAUUUUGGACACAACGAAAGCGCUGAUACCAUUACUUGGGUAGGUAGAUAGACGAUGGAGGCUCGUCUAGCUUGAGUUAGGGAUCGAAGAUCCGAACAUUAAGAAAGGGCAUAUGGUGGUUUUGUGAUAGCAUAUUGUAUAGCGA